AUGAUCCCUUCUCUCUUCAACAGCACCGCGCCGCCUAGCGCCUGCUCUGCCGCUCUCAUACCCUACCCCGAUCUAUUUGGUGCCGAGUUUCUUUCUCUUCAAACCAACUUUGUGGCCAACCAUUCUCAAAACGUCCCCCCUGGAUACUACUCCAACCACGGCUCCGUCAACGUCCAGAACGCCAACUUUUGCAACGUCACCGUCACCUAUACCCACCCAGGCCAGAAUGACACAAUCAACGUACAGGUCUGGCUGCCCUCAGACACCUGGAACGGCCGCCUCCAGCACAUCGGAGGCUCCGGCUGGCAGGCGGGUCUGCACCAGGCCGGGCUGAUGGCUAUGAUGGCGUCAGUCGGCGAGGGCUAUGCCACCGUUGGAACCGACGGCGGCUUGGGCUCUGAUGUUACCCCCGUCAACUGGGGCUUGCUCAGCGAAGGAAACGUCAACCUCUAUCUCUUGCAAGAUCUGGCGUCCACCACGCUCAACGACGCGGCCGUCAUCGCCAAGAGCGUCAUCGGCAGUUUCUACAAGACGCGGCCCAAGUACUCUUACUAUACGGGCUGUUCCCAGGGAGGCCGCCAGGGUUUCCAGCUUGCGCAGCGCUAUCCUGAUGCGUACGACGGCAUUGCUGCCAGCGCUCCGGCAAUUAAUUGGAACCAGUUUGUUAUGCAGGGUAUGUGGGGUAUGUUCGUCAUGGAUCAGCUCGGCGAGUAUCCUCCCGCAUGUGAGAUCAAUGCCAUCACGAGCGCGGCGUUGAAAGCGUGCGAUGGAGCCGACGGUAUUGAGGAUGGUGUGGUAUCCGACACCGACAACUGUGAUUUUGAUCCUGCGACUGUGGUUGGAAGUACAGUCAACUGCACUGAGCUUGGAUUGGAACGCAAGGUCUCAGCCGCCGCAGCUGAGAUAGUUCGCAGAGUUUGGGAUGGCGCGAGACGAGCCGAUAACACGACCAUUUGGUUCGGCCCCUCAAAGGAGGCAGUCCUGACCGGCUCCAUCACAGAUGUGGCCGUCGUCCCGACGACCUGCACGGCCAACGGCACCUGCACUCGUGGAUCAUUCGAAAUCGCAGACGACUGGCUUAAGCUCUUCCUCCUCAAGAAUUCGAGCGUUAGCACGGAAAACAUGACCCAGGCCGAGUUCGACGACCUUGCCCACCUCUCAGUCCAGCUCUACGAAUCCAUGAUGGGAACAAACAGCCCCGAUCUUUCGAGGUUCCGCGCCCGAGGUGGCAAGCUUGUUGGGUACCACGGAACGACCGACACCUUGAUCCCCGUUCGCGGAAGCACGCACUACUACGACUCAGUCCUGGCACAGGAUGCGCAUGCGGAUGACUUUUUCCGUCUCUUCCUGGCUCCUGGCGUGAAUCACUGCUUCGGCGGUAACGGAGCGUAUCCUGCUGGCACAUUCGAUGCUAUGCGCGAGUGGGUCGAGAACGGCGUGGCUCCUGACACGCUGAUGGCUUCGACUGUAGGCGUCACCCCGCCUUUCAAGAGGCCUCUGUGCCCGUACCCGAAGAAGCAGGUCUAUGAUGGUGUUGGUAACAGCACUUUGGGCGAAGGCUUCUCCUGCGUCUAA